GUAGCGUAGAGAGAGAUGAGGGAGAGGAGAGACAAAGGAGGGAACAGGGAAGGGCAGAGAGAAGGAUGGAAUCAAGGAGAGUGUCACAGGCCAGGUGCUGUUCUAUAUAAGCUCCUUCCCUUUCCACCUGACAGAUUCUCCUAUUCUACACACAGGAUCACCAUCACCCUCAGACACCAUGGCACAGCCCACAUCUCUGGAAGCCUCCCUGGGAGCCAUCAUCAUGGCAUUCCACAAGCAUGCUGGGAGUGGAGAUGCCAAGACCCUCAACAAAAAAGAGCUAACCAACCUCAUCAAGGCAGAGCUGCCCAACAUCGCUGGGAAGGGUGGUCCUGAAGUGGAUGACCUGAUGACGAUGCUGGACCAGGAUGCUGACGGCUCCGUGGACUUCAAGGAGUACAUUUCCCUGAUUGGAUCCCUUGCCUACGCAUGCAACUGUGCCCUGUUGAGGAGUAUGUGAUUGGAUGUAAAGACCUGCCUGCUUCCAUCUGCUUUGUACAUUACAUUCUACAUUAAUAAAUGGCAGUUUCAUUUUAA